AUGACCGACACCGACAAUACCCCUCCUCCUGUACCUCCGAAAGAAGAUCUUCGUCCGAUGACACCUCCAAAAGACUUCCCCAGAAUGAGUGCUGAGGGUUAUGCUACGGUUGGUGCGUCCACCUCGACGGCAACUUUUGAAGUUCCUCAUUCAACCUCGAACACCUUUCCCGGUGCAAAGGGAACAAACAAAAAUUUAACUAACCAACUUACCUCAACUUUGGACGAAAUAUUUGUUGAACCAAUCAUUGUUACCGAAAAUACUAAUAAAGCAUCUGUUCUCCACGAACCUCGAGUGUCCAAAAAUAAGCCAACCAAAAGUUCUGAAAAUGUAUUCUCGAAAAUUUCUUGGUGGUUAAGUUGGGGUAGACUAAAGCCUAAAAAGAAUCAUCCUUCCAAUAAUAAAAUUAAUAGCGUUCAUAAUCAUAAUGAUAAUAGUGAUAGUAGUAACAAUGACAAUUUGAUAACACCAUCAUCGCAUUCAACGAGAGCAGUAAUUCCAUCGUCAUCCUCUUCUGGUGGUAACGGUGACGAUCCAGUUGUUACCACCUUCCCAGAUGAAAUCCCUGUUGCUCCCGAACCAUCAAUAAAAGUUACAGACCCAGAUCUUAUAACCAAUGAUGCCAAAAUUGAUGAACUUCCAAAAGUAAAAAAAUCAAACAGUAUAACAAAUCUGUUUCGCAGACUCAGUUAUCGGAAAAGAAGUGAGAGGGAAGAGAACAGCAGUUCAAGUGUGAUGACCGAAGAUCAAUCUCGCAAUGAUAAUGAUUUUUCGACGAUGCCAAGAGCGAAAGUAAAAAAUAAAAAAAGUAAUCUUGGAUCUUUGAUUGAGAAGUUGAAUCGUAAGUUCUCUUUUACCAAUGACCAUCAUCGUGAUGCCGAACAACCCGAUUCCGGCAAAAAUCAAACCAACAACGAAAUCAACAGUAACGGCAACGACAGCACCAGAAUUUCUUCGAAACCUCCAAGGAUUGAUUGGUCCCUGUCUUCCGGUAAUAGAAAGAUCUUAAGGAAACCGGAUCUAAAACAAAAACAAAAAGAAGUACUGGUUGACGUCAAUGACUUCAGAGCUUCCACUUUAUUCCCUGAUGAAUCUCCAUUCUCAGGCCUUCAGUUAACAGCCGCCGAAACUUUGGACGUUAACGUUGCUGCCUCCUCCCGAAAUUCGGUUACUAAAUCUUCGGUUUCCUCGGAACGUGCCGACGACGACACGAUCAAGGGUGACUCGGGAACAAUUCGUCGUCGCAGUCGCAUAUUUGACUUAUUCAACCCAAAGAGUUCGUCGACCUCAACUCGUGGAAGUCAAAUAAAUGUCAACGGCGUCAAUCUUCGUCACGAUAGGACGAAUUCGAAUAAUAAUCAAUUAUCAUCUUUAAGCGGAGUUACCAGUGAUAUGCCCGAUUAUCUAGAAAUCAGGAGUUCUUCGAACUCAAACCUUGACAUGCAAUAUAGCAAUAUGGAAAUAACGUCUAGAGAAAACCUAACAUCCAACAAUAUUACCAAAGGAGAUAAGAUUAACAAUAAUAAGUCACCUUUUCGUAUCUUUAAGAAAAAAUUUUACAAGAGUCUGUUAACUUCUCACCCCUCCACAUACAUCAAUAACACACAAAACAAAAAGUAUAUUCCUGUGACGAAUUCAACCCCGAUAAUCGUUGGGACCCCGCCAUCACCAACAAAAGCAAUCACCGCCACGACCGAUCCCGCGACAAAUGGUUAUUAUGAAGUGACUAACGCCGAGUCAAUGCAAGUGGAAUUGAUGACAUCACGCUUGACGAUGGUGAGGAAGCGAUCGUUGUCCCGUAUGUCAUCAUUCGCAAAAUCGUUUAAUUCCGACGAUCCUUCGGCUUUCGGCACUGCAUUUUCGAAUCACGAUGAACCAAAUUCUGAUUACACAUUGGAAAACGCGUGGGAUGCUCUCAUCAAUCUUCCUCUUACCGAUAACAAAG